UCCCUACGGGCCAUCUCAUUGGUAAUUGAGGCAUUCGGGCUUUAGAGUCAUCCUUCGGACUCUGGGACGCGUUGGUGAUUGUCUUUUCACGAACCAGGAAACACGGGGCAUGUUACGCAGUCCGUGCGCUAAUUGGUCACACACUUUGCAAGUUCCAAGCGGCGGAAGAAGAGCAGUCCUUCCUUCUCCGGGCGCUGAUUGGACCUCUGAGUUGCUUACGUUACCGCAGAAGGCGGGGCCUUCCUAAUAAAUCCUGAAAGCCGGGGCAGAGGCUGCAGUAACUUUAGCUGCAGUUUAUCAUUAGUUCUCAGUGAAGAGGUGGAGACUGCGAGUCAGGUCCUGCAGGACGUCGUCGCAGUCGCAGCAUCUAGUGCUUGCUGCCUCCGCUGCAGCCCCGGAGUAGGAGACGGACCCCUUCACGCCCUUUCCACCAGAGAGAUGUCUGCUCCAGCGCAGCCACCUACACCAGGAGCCCCAGAAGGGGGUGCCCCAGGGGGAGGUCCACCUCCCAAUACAACUAGUAACAGGCGGCUGCAGCAAACACAGGCACAGGUGGAGGAGGUGGUAGAUAUCAUUCGUGUGAAUGUGGACAAGGUCCUGCAAAGGGAUGAGAAACUGUCUGAAUUGGAUGACCGUGCAGAUGCCUUGCAGGCAGGAGCAUCACAAUUUGAGAGCAGUGCUGCCAAGCUAAAGAGGAAGUACUGGUGGAAAAAUUGUAAGAUGAUGAUCAUGCUGGGAGCCAUUUGUGCCAUCAUCGUGGUAAUUAUUGUAAGUAAGUAUCCGUUGAAAUCGCUGAUAGGGGUGAACAGGUGGGAAAGCCCCAGAAUCUUCUCCCUUGCCUGCCUGGGGAACUGGAGGUGCUCUGGGUGAGGUAUGGAUUGGACUGUCUCCUUUUGUGGGACAGAAAACCUGGCCUGGUGGGGUUGAGGUGGAGGGACCAACAGAUGGGACAGAGGCACCUCUUGGUGCUGGGCAAGCCCUUCCUCAGUGAGAUUUUGGAGGGGGGCCAAUUCUUUUGUGUUUGGAGGAAGAGGGGCAUUGGUGCUACUGUCAGAGGGAAACACUGGGGACAGGUCAUCUGUGCCUGAUGGACUUGAAUGUCUAGAAACUUGGUUAACUUGCCCUCUUGUUUUCUUCUGUCUCUUUCUAUCUGUGCCUUCCUGAUUCCUGUCUGCAGUCUAUUUUUUUACUUAAUGUACCACCCCUCCUUCAUUCCUUGCCCCCUUCAGAACUCAUACCCCUUUCCCACUGUUCACUCCCCCAGCAGACCCAGUCCAUCCACCUUGUCCUUACCCAGGCUCAUUCAUUUCCUCUUCUUUAGUUGCUUUGGUUUGUACUUAAAUCCCCCCACACUGGACAUGCUGCUCUUGGGGUGGCUGCAUUCUUACUCCACAAACCACAGGUAGCCAGUGUUUGGCCCCUCCCCUUCAGAAAACACCCGUGCCCAAACCACAGGAUGUGGAGUGGAGGUCAAGGGAGAAGCAGGUCAGCCAAGAUCAGGUCCAGAGGAGUCUGCCCAGUGGGAAUAGGGAGUGCAGGGACCUUGGCAACCCAGUAGGAGGAUUGGUGAGAAGGUAGGGAAAUGGCAGUUUCUUCGCAGCCACCCUCACCUCGCCUCCUACUCAGCCUCUUAAUAGGCUCUGUUAGCAGGUGGGAGAACCUUGGCCUGAGUAAGGACCAUCCUGGGCCAUCAGAAAUCACAGUACUGAUUUUGGUAGUACAGCAGUAUAGCUUUAUUUGGAAAGAUAUUUUGGAUGUCCGGGUCAAGGACAUAGAGGGUCUGAUCAUUAUUUUUAUAACUAAGUACAGUAUUCACAAGCCUAGAAGAGGUUGAAUUAUAUCCACUCCCAGUGUGUUCCUGGUAUGCAGUGUUUUUAGAAGGAUUUCCCUCCCUCCUGUGCUGCUGCUGCCGCCGCUGCCUUUAGUCUGGCCCAGGAUCUGCCAGUGCUUCUGGUGCUGCCAUUCUGUUUACCACAGAACUGGUGGGUUUGGACACUUUUCCCUUUGACUUAGAAAACAUUGGGGCACUGUUUUGCGCAUUGUCUGCUCCCCAUUUAGAGGUGGUACCAGAGGCUGGUAAGAUGUCAGGUCAACUCUUAGACAAAUCUACUAGUGUGUGAGGGGACCCAAAAAUAUCCUUUGCAAUCAGAAUUUGGGACUGUUGGUUAAUCUUAGUCAAUGUAAAGAUACUGAAAAAAUGUGCCCUGGGAACUUAGCUGAGGGUAAGGUGAGAUAAGGGACCUCAUUCAAGAGUAACAAGUCAAUCAAUUAGCAUUUAUUAAGUAUCUCCUGUGUGCCAGGCACUGUGCUAAGAACUGGGGGUACAAAGAAAGGGCAAAAACAGUCCCUGUUUCCUCAAGGAGUGCAUUUUCUAAUGGGGAAGCCAAUAGAUAAACAACUAAGUAUCUAUAUGAUCUAUACAGAAUAGCUUGAAGAUAGUCUCAGAGGGAAGGCACUGGGGUGGGAGCUGAGAGGGGAGGAGGAAUAGGGAGGAGUAGGAGGGGGUGGAUAAGGAGGAUCAGAAUAAAGAAGGUCACCAAAGUUUGGCUGGGAUAAAGCAUCCUUGUUAUAGUGGAUGGUUUAUUUCUCCUUUCCCUUUGAUGGCAGGAAGGUGGAAGUUUGGGAACUGGAGAUCCCUGAUACCUUUGGGAAAGUCCUUUCUCAGCUCUGCCCCAUUGCCAUACCAAAGACAGGGAUGUAGUGAUAGUCCCAGCCUGGAACCAAGACUAUAAGAUUUUUCAGGGAAGUCCUUUGUAGAUGCUAGACCAGUGUCUUCCUUUUGUGGGUGACUGUUGUAGCUAUUAGCUCUAUGGCUGUGUUGACGUUUAGAUUUUCUUCCUCGAGAGCCAUCACUUUGCCACCCUACCUACCAUUCAGUACCUUUUCUCUCCAAGUCCACUGGCCCCUUCAUGCUAAUUUUAACUCUCUUCUUUCCUUCUGUAGUGCUUGGGUUUAUUGGCCCAGACAGGGGGAUCAUAACUGUGGCUAGUUUUCUAACAUACCAUAGGGAUUUCCUUCUAGCUUUAAGACAGGAUGCCAAAUGAGACUCCUCCUGGGUAGGUACAACAGUGACCUCUUCUCCCGCCCCUAUAUAUAGUCAAGCAAAGGGAGUAUAGGGCGUGGGGCUGCAUGUUCACCUUCCAUGCACCACCAUUUUAUUUGCAAAA